AUGGUGAACGAGGACGUAGAUUUAAGGAGUAAACCCGGCGUGGGUGUGAUGCCGGGGUCUCCGCAGGGUUCGUCUCGGGUUCCGGGAAAUUCGGGACGGGUCCUGUCAAAGGGUGCCGACGAGGAUAUAAUUGUUGAUGAAGAACCAGCGCCAGAAGCUACUCCAGUGAUCGACCCCGCAUCCGUAUCAAGGUGCUGCAUAGAAAGGGGUCUGUUUCCGGCAGUUCCUUUGUUCUUUCAAUAUCCCUGCAGCACCAGCAAGGGUUGGUCGGAGUGGGUUGACGAUGAACUGAAGAACCCGUCUACCCAUGAUAUCCUAAGCCGGGCAGGUGUGUUGGAAGCCAUCUUUGCUUCUAAGGCUUGCGACAUCCAUAUUGAAGUCAAGACGCUUCGACACUUGGUUAGACGGUGGAGCACCGAGACACACACCUUUAUUUGUUCGUGGGGAGAGUUCACUCCCACGCUUGAGGAUGUAGCUAAUAUUUUCCAUCUCCCACUUUGCGGCAGCCAAGAUCCUUUCCACAUUGCAUUAACCCCGGAAGAUGGGCUAAAGCUUGAGACUUUGCGGAAGGGUGCUCCGACCUCUCCUAGUACCUCUCUAAGAUCCAGUAAUUGGAUUCAGUUUUUUGGGAACAGUGACCGAGAUGAGCCGUGUCGCCUUGCUGCGUUCGUGUCCUUGUGGCUCGGGAGGUUCCUCUUUUGUGAUUUUUCUCAAGACUGCUUGCAUGGGAGAGUGUUUCCGUUGGCUUUGGCAAUAGCACGGGGUAGCAUGAUCCCUUUUAGCCCCCAUGUUCUUGGGGCACUUAUAUCGCUUGCUUGA